GAAAACAGAAAGAACAGAUGUUCCUGAUGAAAGCAGAGCAAGUGAAGAGAUACGAGAAGGAAAAGAUCACUCGUAUAAACCAAGCCAGAGAACAAGGCUGGAAGCACGUAUUGAGCUCAAGUGGUGGUAGCAGCCCUGAGAAGAUGAGACCAUAUGAACACUACCACGCUGCUCUGGACCAAAUGUCUAAUUCACAACAUAAAACCAGCAGGGAGGGAGUCUCAGCAGGACCUGGCAGUCCCAGUCUAGGACUCCCAGCUGCUGCAGGUCCAGUUCUGCCCAAUGGCCCCGCUCAACACCUGAACCCAGAAGCAAUCAAGAGAGAACUUCACAAGCUGCAACAUGUUUCAAAAAAAGCCUAUAUUAGCCGGCAACGUGGUCAGAUGGUAUCUGAACGGGCCUUUCAGAUUGAGGAGUUUCUACAAAGGAAGAGAGAAGCCAUGCUCAACAAAGUUCGUGCUGAAGGACAGCUGGUAUGUAGUGUGAGCAUGGUUUCACUUGCGCUGUAUUUUUCAGGCUAACCUCUUGUUUAAAUGUUAAAAAUGACUUUCUGCAC